AUGGCCGCCGAACCGCGUCAAAGACAACCGUGGUGCCGCGGCGCCGCACCGGGCCGGUGUCCUUCCCCUCCCCUCCCAAUCACCGGCGAGUGUCGGCCGCGUCGCAAUCUUCAGCCCCCCACCGGUCGACUGCGGGAGGCGCUGCGCUUCGCGCC